AAACGCAGUUACAUUUUUUUUGUUCCAUUUAUAUCUUUCUAGUUAAUAAGUUGUUGAAAUAAACAUUAAUUUAUUUGUGUUAAUUCUGUGGAAUUUCGUUGAACUACCCUUAUUAUCAUAAUCGAAAUAAGGGGAUCGAUCAGUUCGUGGCGUCGAUUAUUUAAUCGUAACGGGAACUUACAACUCUCGUUGACGUGCUAUCUCGCGAUCGCGUCUCUCCGCGAACGGUCGAAACAAAAUGAUUCACUAAAAACUGUCCUGAAUUCCUAAGAAUUUAUUUACCGCAAAACUGACAAAGUGUUUAUUUAAAACAUGAGGUUGAAGGUAGUCCUUUUCUUUCAUUUCAUUCAUUUUCAUUUUCUUUCUUAAGUAUGGCUAACACAAUAUCUAAUCAAUUAAAAUUUUAUAUUUUCACGUGAAAAGUUUCUUUAGAUAAUUAUUAUCAACAUGAUGACUAACUCUUACGGAUUAAUACGUGUCUGUAGGGCAAUCCGGUGGACUUGAUCGGCCUUUUACUUCGAAAGUUGAGUAAUCGGUGUCGCUUUCUUACGCAUCUUUGAACUGUAUAAAUGUUUUAAAAUUGUUUGAUCCAGAAUGUACCACACCGGACAAUCAAGAAGGCAGGUGCCUUGACUACAGAAAAUGUAAACCUCUGCAAGAAAUAUGGCAGAUACAGUACCGUACAGCCACCGAUUUUUAUAGACGAUCAGUGUGCAGAUACCAGGGCAAUGUUACGAUCGUUUGCUGUCCGAACGAUCCAAACAAAGAGAAGAGAGAAAUUUUAAUAAAAACUGUGUAUAAGUAUAAGGCUUUGCGACCACCAUACUGUGGUUUUAGCAACGUCUCUCAUACCAGGGUGGUCGAUGGUAAACCAGCUGAACUUGGUACGUUUUAUGUCUUUCUUUCCGAUUAAUAAUAAGCCAUUUACUGCAAAGAAUGAACUUUAAAGGCAUUAAACAGCACAUCAAUGAAGAGUAUCUUUUUGCUUGAAAUAAAAAAUUGAUAUAGGAGUAAUAAUAUGGAUAGAGAUCAAAAACUGUUAGGGCAGAAAUUACACGUUUGAACUUUAUAGUUCAGUAUAGUUCAAAUAGAAAUUAUAUAGAAUUAUUUAAUAAUUUGUAUUCCACUGGAAUAAAAAUUUAAUUUCUGUCUUUAUCAAAUCUCUAUUUCAGAGUAUUUGUACGUAUGUACUUAUCGUCUGCUGUAUGAUCGAAUAUCGAAUAGGCGCUUGGCCAUGGAUCGCUGCAUUAGGUUUUCGUAAUCCCCGAAACCCAGACAAACCACUAUGGAAGUGCGGAGGUUCCCUGAUAUCGGCUAGGCAUGUUUUGACCGCAGCACAUUGUGCACAUAUGGAUGGAAUAGAAAACAUACACAAUCAUAAUAUUGUCAUUCUUAGAUUGGUGGAGGAGGUGCCAUUUUCGAGGUACGUAUAUCCCAUUUGUACGAAAGAGCCCCUACGAAAGAGCAACUUCGUCGGCUAUAACCCCCUUGUUGCUGGAUGGGGAGCAUUAAGAUAUAGACGACCACGACGUAAUGCAUUAAUGGAAGUACAAAUGCCAGUGAUUAAGAACGCCGAAUGCAAAAUAGCUUAUUCCAAAUUUCCUAAUGCACCUGAUAUCACUGAUGGUAUAAUAUGCGCCGAACAUGCUCAGGGUGGAGAGGAUUCUUGUACGGCUGACCGCGGCGGACCACUGCUGAUACAACAUGAAUUAACCUCGUAUUUAAUAGGUAUUGUGUCUUAUGCUUAUAAGUGCGGCACAGCUGGGUAUCCCAGCGUUUACACUAGGGUCACAUCGUACCUUGACUUCAUUCUCCAAGCGAUGCAAUAAUAUGAUAUUACUGUUCCAUAAAUAUCAUUGUGUAAAAAACGUAAAGUUGGAUUUUCUUAUUGUGGAGAUAAGAAACAGCUCAAAUUUACAUUGUUUUGUACGUUACAAAUUAUAGGCUUAAAAUGUACGAAAUGUAACUUUGAAACGACACUAAUUUUUUACGCACGAUAAACCUCCACGACUUAGGUAUGUAAAGAUGAUAAACGUGUAUUAAUUCUAUUAAUUUGGUAAUAAUAAACCAACUUUCUGAGAAGUUCUGUAAAUUUCGUUUCUGUUGUAUCAAGAGAAUAAUGGAAUAUUCCACUUAGAUCGUAUACUUCUUGUACGUACGUACAAAAUUUUCCGGCUAAUCUAAAACACUUCAUAAGAUAGAGAGCUUCUGGAAAUUCGGACACAGAGAGUGCAUAAAAUACAAGAUAAGUCUCGUGUCUUUCAAAAUUAUUUUUUAUUCGCUAAAAACGUCCUGUGUACUCAUGCAAUCACAUGCAACCUCGAAACUUCACUUAUUUUUUAUCACUUUCCAAU